CCACAGUACGUCAAAGAGAGGAGCUCUCAUAAAAUAAAUUAACAGGAACUCUUUUUUAUCUUACUAGUGAUUACAUUAUUUAACGACGUGACUUAUUUUUAAAAAAUUUCAUUUCAUUUUCAUUCCAUUCAGAAGAAUUAUCAUUUCUCGUUGAAUCCUUGAAAACGAAAGGUGUCUGUCUAUGCAUAGAUUUAUCUACUUGAGUGCUAUUUUGAUAUUUUCUCUCGGACGGGCGCGAAAAGCGUGACACGGUUGCUAGGACAAAUCGAAGAUUGUACCAAAAGUGAAACUAUGAAAGUUCAUCUGAUAUUGACGGUGGCUUUUUUAGCUACUCUCCAUGCUGUCAUGGGAUAUCCGCAGCAUCUGAUCGUAUCACCAGACACUGGAGCUGUGGUACCUGGUAGUGAUGCUGAUCAUGAAGACCUUGAAGCAGCAGCAUCAGAAACUGGUGUGAACAAAGAGUACGAAGAAGAUGAUGAUACCGACAUGUUUAUGGAGCCAGAUGGUGCUGAAACAACAAAUGUACAAGUGAAAAAAAAUGCAGAAGUUAAAACAGAAAGCACAGUUGUUCCAACCAAGGAAGAGACCAGGAUGACUGUGAGUGUCUCCAGCAAACCAGCCAAGAAGGAAGAGGAAGAAGAGGAGGCAAGUGUUGAAGAGGAUAAGAGUUUGGAGCAAGAAAGUCAGAACUUUUUCCCAUCAUUUGCUGAACUGAUAGCCAAUCAUAGAUUAUUGUACAACGACCAACAACAACGGUACAGGCCUAAUCGAUUCCUAGGAGGUUAUUUCCAACGGGAUCGUAGUGCUCCAUACCAAGCAGCAUCAUCAUCAACCAAGGAUACUCAACAUUCUUUACUUGGCUCUGGUAAUUUCGGGGUUAUCCGAGGUGGCACCUACUAUUCAGAAGAUAAAGAAAGUGAAAGUGAUUAUUCCAUUGAUGAUUCAAGUAUUUACAAUCCAUAUUAUUCAGCAAGUGUUGGCAGGGCUCGUGCUAAUAAUUACUACAAAAAUCCUAAACCACAAUCAAUUCGUAGUAAUGCUGAUUUCUUUGCUAAUUUCCGUGAUUUUGCAGACAUCACAGCACCACCCAAGUCCAGCUUCUCCCAUCUCUCCAUUGUCUAUGCCAACAGAAAUAGCACCAAGGAAGCUGCUACCGAGCCAAGGAAUAUCAUUGAGACCUUGAGGAUGUUAGAACAGCAAGAAGAUGAUGGCUUUAUGGAUCUUACCACAACCACAGAGAUCCCAGAGAAGAAAUUAAGCAAAGGAAAGAGAAAAUUAUUGAAGAUGAAGAAGUAUCAUGAAGAUAAGACCAGGAAAUUUCGUAUUAAUGCUGAACCCUUGCUUGCUUUGAGUUGAAUAUGUUUCAUUUUAAAAUGUAAGAAAAUCAUGUAACCUUUAUAAACAUAAAAUGUCAUAUGAAAGUGUGCUAUGUUGUAUCGAGUGCAGUGUGAGAGUGCUUAGGGACAAAUAAUUCCCAGCUGUCAAAUCUGGCCUCGAGAAAUAUCAGAACCAAAGUUGAAAAUGGUAUUUUUUCGGACGUGUAUGUUUAAGAGCACCUCGAAGAUAUGUAUUAAAUUAAUACUUAAUUCGUUCAUCCAUGCAUGUUGUUAGUCUUAAUAACAAUUUGCACGACUUGAUAUUUUGUAAAAAAAAAAAAAAUCAUUCAACCUUAUUUGUACUAUAUAGUUCCAUGAGAUAAAAUAAUUAUUACUCAUUUCCUAUGCAUAAUAGUCUAGAUAUUUUUCGCUAAAGGAUAAAAUUUAAAACUGUUUUACAGUUACAUACUAUUUAUAAGUCAUUGAUAAAUGUGUGUUUUAUACUCAUGACGUUAAAAUUGACAACAUUUAAA